CAUCGUCCGCGGAGGCAGCUCGUGCCCGCUACAGACGCUUGCCCCGAGGAACACCUGAGCUUCUGAAGACAGACGACAGACGACAGGAGCUACCGCCGCGCUAGGGCACGCCCUCUGCCUGCACUGCACCCGCCUGCUGCCAUUCUCUCCGAUGAUGAGGCCCUCUGAGUCCAACUCGUCGCUGGGGUCGGACGCCUCGGGCGUGGGCAACGCCGAGUUUGACCCGAUCCAGAUCACGGACGCCGGGGGCACCACCGGCCAGGUCACCGUGCAGAAGCAGCGCGCCAGCUGGGACAACAAGCUGCAGUUCAUGCUCUCCGUCAUUGGAUACGCCGUCGGUCUCGGCAAUGUCUGGCGCUUCCCCUACCUCUGUCAGCAGAACGGUGGAGGUGCGUUCCUGAUCCCGUACUUCGUGAUGCUGCUGGUGGAGGGCAUCCCGCUGUUCUACAUGGAGCUGGCCAUCGGACAGCGGCUCCGGAAGGGCUCUCUCGGGGUGUGGAACUCCAUACACCCGCUGAUCGGUGGGAUUGGUCUCUCGUCUACGGUCGUGUCCUUCCUUGUCGGCCUAUACUACAACGUGAUCAUCAGCUGGUGCUUCUACUAUCUCUUCAACUCGUUCACCGCCAAGCUGCCGUGGUCCAGCUGCCCUCAGGACGGCCCGAACGGCACGGUGAACCUCGAGUGCGCCCAGUCCUCGGAGACCGCCUUCUUCUGGUACCGAAACACGCUGGACGCGUCGCCCGCCAUCGAGCAGCCGCAGGGCAUCAAGUGGUGGAUGGCCCUCUGCCUGCUGCUGGCCUGGACGGUCGUCUACAUCUGCAUCCGCAAGGGCAUCAAGUCGUCCGGCAAGGUGGUUUACUUCACAGCGACGUUCCCGUACCUGAUGCUGACCAUUUUCUUCUUCCGGGCCGUAACGUUGGAGGGAGCCGGCGUCGGACUGAAGCACAUGCUCUACCCGAAGCUGGACCGUCUGAAGGACCCUACCGUGUGGAUGGACGCCGCCACCCAGAUCUUCUACUCGCUGGGCCUCGGCUUCGGCUCGCUGAUCGCCUACGCCUCGUACAACCCGCCGAAGAACAACUGCCGCAAGGACGCGCUCGUCGUGUCCAUCACCAACUGUACGACGUCCGUCUUCGCCUCCAUCGUCAUCUUCUCCGUGCUCGGUUUCAAGGCCGUCGUCAACCACGAGAAGUGCAUUCAUCUGCACGAGCUGGCCCACAACCUCUCAGAGGUAAUUCCUCAGCACAACUGCAGCCUCGAGAACCAGCUGAACCAGGCGGCCGAGGGCACGGGGCUGGCGUUCAUCGUCUUCACCCAAGCCAUCGUGGAGCUGCCGGGAGCGCCGUUCUGGGCCAUCUGCUUCUUCCUCAUGCUCAUCUCCCUGGGCCUCGGCUCCCAGUUCGGAACUAUGGAAGGCGUCAUCACCACCGUGUUCGACAUCAAGCUCUUCAGGAACAUCUCCAAGUCGGUGCUGAGCGGUGUCAUCUGCGUGACCUGCUUUCUGAUCGGGCUCAUCUUCACCACUGGAGCCGGCGAGUACUGGCUUAAGCUGUUCGACUCGUUUGCCGGCACCAUGGGUCUGGUCUUUAUCGCCCUCAUGGAGAUGCUAGCUGUCUGUUACGUCUACGGCUACAAAAAGUUUGCGCUUGACAUUGAGGAGAUGACGGGCGAGAGGCCGGGCCUGUUCUGGAAGCUCUGCUGGAACUACAUCUCUCCCCUGGUCAUGGCCACCGUCCUGGUAGCUUCAGUCGUCUUCCGGUUCAUGAACCGACCCACCUACCCAGCCUGGGACCGCCAUCUGGGGGAGACCGUGACGCGGGAGUACCCGGACUUCGCGCUCGCUGUUGCUGCCCUGCUGGCCAUUGCCGGCAUCCUGCCGCCCCUUGUCGUCCUCUUCGUGCGCAAGUGCCAGGGCAAGCUGCUGACGACGGACGACGAGGUGUCUGAAGCGGAGCUGCGUCGGGUCGGCACCGCCUCCUCCACCCUGCCGAUGAUCGCGCGGGAGUCCAAGAUGCACUGCGACAACGACCUGGAGACGAUCGAGGAGUCUGGCUACAGCAAUCUGAACACUGUGACCUCCGUGUCGCAGCUCGAACUCACUCAGCCUCUGAGGGCCAAAUUCCACUUUGAACUGGCCGACGACUGACAGCUGCUGCCAAAGCAGCAGACCAACUAGCGCCGAGCUCGUAGUCCUAUUUUCCCCCGGAGGGCCGCGGCGCCGGAAGCACACGCCACACGCGCGGGUGUCGCUGCGGUGGACUCGCUGGCGACCUGUUCCGGUUGUAGGUGCGUUCUGUUCUCGUACUGGUGCGUGAGCUGUGAUAGAACUGUGUGUACUGUGCAUGUACCCGAUGCUCUGUGGCGGCACGGUCGCUGAUUCUAGUCAGCGGUUGUGAUAUCUGUGGGCUGGGCAUCUACGGAGGCGCCCGCCGGCAUUCUUCGGGAAAUCUCCGCAAGCUCAUGUCAUGAGAAUUGUUUGUUUCCCGCUUCUAUUGUUCGUUUAAACGUACAGCUGCUCGAGCGGUACGCGAGUCAACCGGCUAGAAAGAUGACCAGGAGCUUAAGCAUUGCUUAUCAGUCAGUUAGACCCAAAAAUGAUAUCUUGCUCGCGUUCGAAAAACUUCGCAAAACCUGAAGAUCUGGGUGUCUUCAUCACAUCUGAUGAUCUGUCUUCAUUACAUUCUUUUAUUUUACGAACGUGCUUUUAAUAUUAAUUUGGAAAUGGCGUACCAAGCAUUUCCACCCUGAAAUGCCUCAGGUCGUUCCGAUUAAAGGCUUUGGGGUGGUAUUAGAAACUGAACACUGUCAGGGCCCGUCGAUGCAAAAGGGAGCUUCCUCGAUGAGUCUACACGUUUUUAUAUUCAUUUGGUACCACUGACAAAACUUGUCUUGUUUGUAGGAUAUUCAACAUUUAAAUGGCGUUUAUCUUUCAGGCACCAUCGGAAUCUUCUUUGUCAGUCCAUGAUCAGUACCCAAACAAAAUGACAGCAGUAUGACUCUUUGCUGAGUGAGAAGAUAUUGAUAGCAAUAUGAGUUUGCUCGUUUACGUCCCGUUUUGUGUUUGUUGGUUGGGCACGUAUUAAACCCCAUGGGAAACAGUCCUCGUCGAAAUGUAGGCUCUACUAAGUGCUCGGAGCUUUUGUAUCCUGAAUUUUCUAUGUGGUACAUGGGCGAAUGGUGUUAAAUAUAGUGACUUCCAUUUCGUCGUAGAGCUAGAUAUAUGUUUUGCAACAUGCCCUCGCUGGUCUCGUUAAGAGCAAGCCCGCCCCUGUGGCCUAGAGCCACCGCUUUGGUAUGGCUGUGUGC